ACCGUUUACGAUUAAUACAGAGACUGGUUCCGAACCUGUAACAUCAUAUACCAAAUGCUUUUAGUGAAAAUGUCCGCUAUAUUUGUAUAUAUUUUACCACACAUUGCUGGUUUCUUGAUUAUUGGGAUCGCAGCCGAUAACAACGGACCUCCCGGUGUCUACCUUAGCCCACAGUGUAUCGAGCAGCAGCAACGCUGCUGGCAGCUCCACAAUGCUUUGUGGCCGGAAACGACGGAUUUGCAGGCGCUAAGCCUGGCAAUGGGAACGAAUUCAGGUGUUGAAUUCAAUCUGACAGCGGGAGUUGAUCAGUACUGCAGAUACAAUCAACCGAUAAUGCGCUGCAAUCUCGAAAUAGCUUCUGUCUGCUUUCCUGAACGAUAUCCCCUUUUUGUAGUCAAUGUUCGGCUCGUAAAUGAAAUCUGCCAGUCAGAAAAUCGUUACUUGUACUUUCACAGCCAGGUGACUUGUUUGUACCGGAAGUUCGAUUACUUAGCCAUAGCCACCAAUUUCUCCAUGGAAAUGCACGCACUCAAUUUUACUUCGGAUUUCCUUACGGCCGGCGCCCAAGCUGCGUUGGACUGGGAAUGCCAGAUCUUGCUGAGAAUGCGUGGAUACUUGACAUCGGAUGUGAUUUAUGAGCAAUGCGGGCACGAAGCGUCGUGGGUCAUUCCGGAAUAUUUUCAGAUCAUUGACAAUGUCCUUCAGUGUGUGGAUGGUUUCUCGCAGCUACACAUUUCCCCGCCCACUGCUGUACAGCAGUUGUUCCGGCUAAUUGGAGGUGCUUCAGCAAAACUGUGAACUGCAUCCAUCCUUUGAAUUCGUCAAUCAAAACGUUUCGUUUUGGACGUGGAAUCUUCCUCGUAAUUUUACGAUACGAGUUCGAAAUAUAGAGCCUGUAUAAUACUGUAUAGGCACAUACUACGAGUAUAUGUUAAAGUGGUUAAGUUUCAACGGCAGUACCUUAUGCCACCCUGUACCGGGUGGCUGAACAAAAUGGCCGUCUUCGUUUCUGG